GACAGCGGUGCCGCCGCCGGGGGAAGCGGGAGCUGCCAGGCUGAGGCAGCCCCACCGCGACACCAGGUGAUGGGUGACGCAGCUGGCGGUGACGGUUGGGGCUGAGCCCUUGGCAGCCCCACAGGCAGUGGCUGCUAUGGAGGUGACCUGGGUGCUGCUGGCUGCCGCACUGCUUCCACUGCUGCCCCCUGGCAGGGCCGCUGCGCCACUGCCCACCCUGGCCCCACCGCUGAGCAUGGUGCUGGCUGGGCAGCGCCGGCAGCUGGUGGUCUGCGUGGUGAGUGACCUGGCCCCUGGCUUAGGCCACACCGUCUGGAUCUCUGGCGGGAACGGCAGCGCCCUGCACUCCUUUGCCUAUGGGGUCUCCCAGGAGGAUGGUGGCACUGUGUGCACUGUCUCCCUCCUCCCCGAUGACCUUCUGGAUGAGGGGGAUCUCUCCUGCCAUGUGGGGCCCAAUAGGACCGCCCCAGACCACAGCUCCAGCCCCAUCCACAUCACAGGCAAUGAGGCAGCAGCAGAGCCGUGUCCUGGUGGAAUGGCAGUGUGCAAGUAUGUGGCAGUGGAGCUGAAAUCUGCUUUUGAGGAGACUGGCAAGACCAAGGAGGUGAUUGACACCAAGUAUGGCUUCCUGGAUGGGAAGGGCUCUGCUGUGAAGUACACGCAGUCGGACAUCCGGUUAAUCGAGGUGACGGAGAACAUCUGCAAGCGCCUGUUGGAUUACAACCUGCACAAAGAGAGGAGCGGCAGUAACAGAUUUGCGAAGGGCAUGUCAGAGACCUUCGAGACUCUGCACAACCUGGUGCACAAGGGCGUCAAGGUGGUGAUGGACAUUCCCUAUGAGCUAUGGAACGAGACCUCCGCUGAGGUGGCUGACCUCAAAAAGCAGUGCGACGUGCUGGUGGAGGAGUAUGAAGACGUGAUCGAGGAUUGGUACAGGAACCACCAGACAGAGGAUCUCUCACAGUUUCUCUGUGCCAACCACGUGCUAAAAGGGAAGGACACAAGCUGCCUCACAGAGAAGUGGACAGGCAAGAAGGGUGACCUGGCAAGUGUGGGGGAGAAGCAGAGCAAGAAAAAGAGCAGGAAGAAGAAGAGCCGGAAGGAUGAGAGCGAGGGGGCUGAAAGCAAGAGGGCUGCCAGCCUCCCGGCUGUGGGGGAGGCCCUGGAGGAGAGCGGGGUGCAGGAGGAGGCUCCGCUCACCCACAGCCCGGCCGAUGAGCUGUAGGCACACAGCCCCAGCCCCCGGGGCUCUUACCCUGCUGGCACUGGCGGGGACCAAAGGAGAAGGGACUUGCAGCAUGGGCGACAUGGGGGAGGCUGGAGCUGACUUGCCAGCCUGGGUGCAACCCUCUGGGCAGGGGGGUGGCACGGAGCCCCCGGCCCAGCCCUGUGGCCUCUCUGCUGCAGCUCCAGGUGCAGUUGACCACAGGCACUGCCCCAGCGCUGGCUCCUCGUCCUGCCCGCGGUGCCUGCACCCUGCCACACUGUAAAUAAAGACGUUUUCCCCAGAA